AUGUCCAUUCCUACGGAUGCUGAGGUAUUUGCCAACACUGCCAAGAAAGGCUGGCGCCGUGGAGCACAAUUCGCGCUUCCGAUUCGAGUCAAGUUAGGGGAUGGCCCCGAAGUGGAUUCACUGGUGGCUCCAGCCAACGGCCAGGGGACUCAACUUGGCCUGCGACUUGCCCUUGUUGCCCCUUGGUGGACUACCAAGUCGAGCAUCUCAUGGAGAAGUUUCGAGAGUACCUUUUACUGGAGUCAGCUCUUGAACAAGGCUAAUAAAGAGGAAAAGGAAAAGCAGGAAAUGGAGUUGCGAUAUCUUAAUGAUGUGGCUGACCAAAUGGAGAUAGCCACUGUCAAGCUGCAAGAGGAGACUGCGCGGCUAGAUGCAGAGUACGAGCGUCUCUGUAGCCAGUCUGGACAGGAAAUCCGAGGAUUGGCGCCUGACCAGAGAACAGAGGACCAAGGUUCUGAUGGAGGACCUGAACCAUUCGCGGAGAAUGCUCCCUAA